CUUGAAGAACACUCCAAACAGAUUCCUUUCUUAUGUCACUUCAAGAAAACAAACUAAUUAUUAUGGAGGACUUUGUUGGAAACUCGUCGGAAAAAUCUAUUUUCGAUGAAUUUCCGAUUGAAAAAACCGUCGGUUCUAUCUCGUCCGAAAAUAAUUUCGUCGGAAUUUUCUCGGGCUAUCUGACAAAUUUCCGACGGAUAAAUUUCUAACAAAAAAUUUCCUUCAGAAAUUUUCGACGAAUAUCAGAAAUAGCAAUAGGUUACAGAGUAUGGACACCGACGGUUCUAAUAUCAGAAAUAAUCCAAACAUUCGUUACUUUUACGCCUCUGCAACCCUAGCCUUUUGAGUCUUUUUUUCUUGUUUAGUAUACGAUUUCCCUACCGUUUUUCUUUUGCUUUUGGAAGCUAGCUUGUUCUCCGGCUUCCAUCAGGAGUUGUGUAACUUGAAAUUGUCUCAGCUCAACAUUCUACCUGAGACUGAACCCUAAUUUGGGGUUCAUCAUAGAUAGUCCCUUUGACUAUAUUUUUCCACAAGACUUGUGCUUGAUCAAAGAGUAUUUCACAGACUUCAUUAAAAAAAUACUAAAGUGUUUUAAUAGGAAGCUGUAAUAGGAUUUUCUCUUUGAAGUAUACCGGUAGUUAUAAGCUGGCAGGGAUACUUCGUAGUUGGCCGGAGGUAUAUACAAAUUGAUAGUAGUAGAUUUUAAGGACCAUAGUAUUUUUAUCUGUUCUUCUAUAGUUUUUUUUCAAAUAAUCAUUUGUAAAUGUUUAUUCCUUCUUUGAUUAAUCAAUAUAAAGUUUAAUUAAAAAAUAUACACUAAAAGUGUUGGAUAGAUUCUCUGUUUGUAAGGCUUUUAGCACAACAACGUGUUAUGGGGUUAAGUUUUGUUGGGUCUAUAGUUAUCAACAGGCCCAUUAUGAUUAUUAUAGUGUCCAGUGUCCACCAUAUCUGUUACCUUUCUAACGGUGGAGGCUGUACCUGUCCAGCAGGAAAGAGAGAUGGAACCGCCAGCCACCGCAGAAAAACGCUCCUCCAGACGCCUUCUCUUUGACCGCCGUUACGGCUGGGUGGUCGACGAGUGGAAGGACCCAUCUGAGGAAGCUCUUGCCGGCGGAAGAGGAAUGUUUUGUGUAGUUCCUUUGGGCAAAACUCUGUUUCAGACCGCUUCACAAUCAAUUAACUCGGCCGUCAAAAAGCUUCAGAAAUGGCAAAAUCCUAUGCACAACCCAAGCUCUAGUGUUGUAGACAGUAAUGGAGAUUCAGGGUGAAAAUGCAAAACCUGAAUCAAAUGUUUUUUUGGAUUUGACAAAAAGAAUCCAUGUGUUUAGUGUUUGUGAUUAGUCACUCAGCUAGAUGAUGAUCUCAUCUAUGCACUCUUGUUUGCUUGUGUUCAAGACAAUUCCAAAGACAUUGUGUGGUUAUAUGAACAUUCCCUAGUGACUUCUACA